AUGGAUGAAGUACCGUCCAAAGCCUCGUUGAAACUUCUACUAUCUGAGACAUCUUCAUUUGCUGAUAACAGCACUAUAACUACCAAUAAUGCCAAUGAGUCAUGUGAUAGCAGUUCAGCAUAUUCGGGUGAUGAAGAUUCAGAAAACAGCACUAGUAAUAGUAGCAGAAGUAGAAGUAAUGUCGAGAAACGUUUGAAUCGCAAAAGGAAAACACAUAAACAAUCGAAAUUAAGUGCGCAUUCGUCGCACAACAAUGUUGUUCAGUCGUCUUCUAAAAGGCAACAAUGCUCGAGUGGUCAUUAUAGUGAAUUCGAGAAUUUCGCGAACGGAAUUGAUGAGUACACUUCACAAUCAGACGAUGAUGAGAUUGGUGCAAAUGAGGCUCGUUUUGAUCUUCGUCGCAACCAGUAUUCUUCACCAAACACAAGCCCAUCAUCAUUAAACAAUAACAACGAAGUUGUGACUAGCAAAAUGCGACAGAAUCGAGUUGAUAAAGGUGACGAACACCAGCAUGCAACAGAUAAGGCUGUGGUAAGAAAUGAAUUAAUGAGUGACAUUGAAACGCUGGAUAUUGAGGAUGCAUUGUGUGUGGUACGAGAAGGAUUUGGAAAUGCACCACCGUUGGCCAAUGAAGAGAAUUUUGAGGAUGAGAUUGAUUAG